AUGGCUACACCCACCAAGCUGAACACUUUGUGUUCUCUACUCAUGGCAUCACUGUUUGCUUACUCUGCAUCUGUGCAGUUAAAUGACCCUGAUUGGUACUUCUGGUUCUCUCUCUAUGGUGGUGCUUGUGUUGUUAAUCUGGUGAAUUGGGCUAUUUCAUCCAAAGCAAUUAAGCAUGUUGCUGAGGGGGCACUAUGGCUUGGGAUAUUUUUGUUUAUCAGGGUCAUAGCUGAAAGCACCUUGGUGGAUGGCGUGUCUGGGUUCUGGUCCCUGGAUUUAAGUGAGAGAGUUAUUAGGGAGAAAAUAGGAAGUGGGUUGGUUAUAAUCUCCAUGAUUUUGCAGUUGACAGCAUCUUCAUUAGAAGCUCCCCCACAUAAACAGCAGAGCAAAUUUCCAAGAUUUGUUGAAUAUGGAAUGGCAAUCUUGGUUGGGUUCAGUUAUGGGCUUCCCUUUGUCUUCUUUGUGGUCAAAAAAGGAGAACUAAAGUUCUGA